CGGAGGCACCGGCAGCAGCAGCGCGGCCGCCGCCGCCACACAACCCGGCGCGCGUUGGCUGGCGGGGACGGCGCGCACCGGGCGGCUCUGCGAGCUGCGGGACCAGGUUAAAGGAUUUACCUGAAGACAAAGCAUCCUGUUCCUUGGAGACUGGACAAGAGUUACUCUUGCUGCUGGCAAUUAAAGAUGAAGUUGUCAUGGAAACAGUUGAUCCUGCUUUCUUUCAUUGGCUGCCUAGGAGGGGAGCUGCACUUACAAGGCCCCGUGUUUAUCAGAGAACCCAGUGACAGCGUUGUUCCCACUGGUCCCCAGGACAAAAAAGUGACUUUAAAUUGCGAAGCAAGAGGCAACCCUUCACCUCAUUACAGAUGGCAGCUGAAUGGAAGUGAUAUUAACCUGAGUCUGGAAUAUCGUUAUAAACUGAGCGGAGGAAACCUGGUGGUGAUGAACCCCACAAGGAACUGGGACACAGGAAGUUACCAGUGUUUCGCGACAAAUUCACUUGGGACCGUUGUCAGCAGGGAAGCGAAACUCCAGUUUGCCUACCCUGACGGUCCCACCAGCAGAGCCAGGAGUGCAGUGUCCGUGCGCGAAGGCCAAGGAGUGGUGCUGCUGUGCGGCCCCCCGCCGCGCUCCGCAGAACUUUCAUACGCUUGGAUCUUCAAUGAAUACCCAUCGUUUGUUGAAGAAGAUCGUCGGAGAUUUGUCUCCCAAGAGACAGGCCACCUCUACAUAGCCAAGGUGGAGCCGUCGGACGUGGGCAAUUACACGUGUGUGGUGACCAGCGCACUGACAGCCGCCAGAGAACUGGGCUCACCGACUCCUUUGGUGCUGCGUCCCGAUGGUGUGAUGGGGGAAUACGAACCGAAAAUAGAAGUUCAGUUCCCAGAGAGUCUUCCGGCAGCGAAAGGUUCCACUGUGACACUGGAAUGUUUUGCCCUUGGAAAUCCCAUACCUCAGAUUAAUUGGAGAAGAAGCGAUGGGCUGCCUUUUCCCAGUAAAAUUAAAUUGAGGAAGUUCAAUGCGGUGCUUGAGAUCCCCGACUUCCAGCAGGAGGACACUGGUUCCUAUGAGUGUGUUGCCGAGAACUCCCGCGGCAAGAACGUGGCCCGAGGGCGCCUUACGUACUACGCAAAGCCUCACUGGGUUCAGCUCCUAGAAGACGUGGAAAUCGCGGUGGGGGAUAAUCUGUUCUGGGAGUGCCGGGCCAACGGGAAGCCCAAAGCCUCCUACCGCUGGCUGAAGGACGGGGAGGCCCUGGUGCUGGAGGAGAGGAUACAGAUUGAAAACGGGGCCCUCACGAUAGCGAACCUCAGUGUGGCUGACUCCGGCACGUUCCAGUGCAUAGCAGAAAACAAGCACGGUCUCGCCUCCUCCAGCGCCAGGCUCAAGGUCGUGGCUUCCGCCCCUGAUUUCUCGAAGACCCCCAUGAAGAAGCUGGUGCGGGUGCAGGCUGGCAGCGAGCUGGGCCUGGAGUGCAAGCCCCACGCGUCCCCCCGGGCUCGCGCUUCCUGGAGGAAAGGCCACACCAUGCUGCUGGACGACGGAAGAAUUUCAUUUUUAAAGGACGGAGGACUCAAAAUAGCCAACGUGACGAAAGCAGACGCUGGGACUUACACCUGUGUCGCCGAGAACCCAUUUGGGAAAGCCAACGACACCACACACGUGGUAGUGACAGACCCCACGAGGAUAACUGUGGCGCCGUCCAACAUGGAUGUGUCCGUGGGCGAAAGCGUCGUUUUGCCCUGCCAGGCGCAGCACGACCCCCUGUUAGACAUCACCUUCACCUGGUACUUCAACGGGGUCCUCACGGACUUCCAGAAAGAUGGAUCUCACUUCGAGAAAGUCGGUGGGAGCUCAUCAGGCGACGUGAUGAUCAGAAACAUCCAGCUGAAGCACAGUGGGCGAUACAUUUGCAUGGUGCACACAGGGGUGGACAGCGUUUCAUCGGCCGCCGACCUCAUAGUGAGAGGGUCACCAGGACCACCAGAAAACGUGAAGGUGGAUGAAAUUACAGACACAACAGCCCAGCUCUCUUGGAAAGAAGGUACAGACAACCAUAGCCCAGUGACAUCCUACUCCAUCCAGGCGAGGACGCCUUUCUCUGUGGGUUGGCAAACUGUCACGACAGUGCCUGAGGUCACUGAUGGCAAAGCACACUCGGCUACCGUGGUCGACUUAAACCCAUGGGUGGAGUACGAAUUUCGUGUCAUAGCCAACAACAAAAUCGGCGGGGGAGAGCCCAGUGUACCCUCAGAAAAAGUAAGAACCGAAGAGGCAGUCCCAGAAGCGCCUCCUUCAGAAGUCAGUGGAGGAGGUGGGAGCCGGUCUGAGCUGGUGAUAACCUGGGAUCCAGUCCCUGAGGAGCUGCAGAACGGCGAGGGUUUCGGGUAUGUCGUUGCAUUCCGCCCUCUUGGAGUCACCAACUGGAUCCAGACAGUGGUCACGUCUCCUGACACCCCAAGAUACGUCUUCAGGAAUGACAGCAUCGUGCCAUUUUCACUGUAUGAAGUUAAAGUGGGGGUUUAUAACAACAAAGGUGAAGGGCCAUUUAGCCCAGUGACAACAGUCUUCUCUGCAGAAGAAGAACCCACAGUAGCUCCGUCUCAUGUCUCUGCACAGAGCCUGUCUUCCUCAGAAAUUCAACUUUCCUGGAACGCCAUUCCCUGGAAGUUGACCAAUGGGCACUUGCUUGGCUAUGAGGUGCGGAUCUGGACCAGUGGAGAGGAGGACUCGGCCAGCAGAGUGACGGUGGCCGCCAGCCGGACGUCGGCUACUCUCCGCGGCCUGCGGAGCAACCUGGCCUAUCACGGCGCCGUCCGGGCUUACAACAGCGCCGGCGCCGGGCCCUUCAGUGCCACGGUGACGGCGACCACCAGGAAAACCCCUCCCAGCCAGCCCCCCGGAAACGUGGUCUGGAAUGCUACAGAUACAAAAGUGCUACUGAAUUGGGAACAAGUCAGAGCCAUGGAGAACGAGUCGGAAGUGACUGGGUACAAAGUUUUCUACAGGACCAGCAGUCAGAGGAACAUGCAGGUGCUGAACACAAACAAGACAUCAGCGGAGCUGCUGCUGCCAGUCAGGGAGGAUUACAUCAUCGAAGUAAAGGCCGCGACUGACGGAGGGGACGGCACCAGCAGCGAACAGAUCAGAAUUCCAAGAGUAACCAAUACCGAUGCAAGAGGCUCCACGUCGGCCAUCUCGAAUGUCCUCCCGGUGUCGGGUUAUAUACCCAUCGUCCUGGUCUUCACUGUAAAUGCCCUGUGGUGAUACAAACACUUUUUUUACUGUUUACUGGAAAGUUAAUCGGUUACAAAAAAGUGCUUUCAUGAAAUGCAGUGAUAAUGCAUGUUUUUUUUCCAACUCUGUAUUUUUAACUUUCUGGUAUGUAAAAUAUGAAUAUAAUUUAAAAAACAGUUUAGAAUCCUUUUAGGGGAAUCUGAAAUGCCUUAAUACUUGAUAAACCAAAGAUAUUUCCAUAUUACGUACUUUAGACUUUGGACCGAUGUCACGAGCUAUGAUUUAAGCACUGCCUAAGGACUGACGUGCUCCUGUGGGUACACACACGUGUGUUUGGUGUGGUGUAUUUAGUGUAGAAAAGCCCAUUUCAUCCCAAUCCUAUUUUCCUAUCAUAACAGCUUUGUUUGGGAGACUUAAUCAGUAUUAUUUGAAAUGGUGAAAAACCCAUCUUAAAAAUAACCCUGUUUGGAAGAGGGAACAUGUGAUUCAAGAAGGGUCGGGAAAUGCCACCUCAGAGGUGGGCAGGCUGCUGUUUGUUUCCAGCGUCCUACUCAACGAAUGGGGUUCUUCCCAGAUCGCUUUGCUCUCCCUACUUCUCCAAAACGUGCAGACAGUAAUCCCAUCCUCCCUGCCUCUGCCUGUGACUUACCUGUAACAGAUGAAGAAGGACAGGUGGGCGGGCCUGGUUGCCCCAGUGCUGGGUCCGUGCAGACGUCAGUGUGAGUGCCCUGCCCGGGGUCGGGGUGAGGUCCAGACACGUUUUUAAAGCCCACGUUCCAUCCUAGAUAAUGCUUUCUUUUUCACUUAAUGAUAUUAUAAAUUGGAAAUGAUCAUAUUUUAUCCUUUCCCAAAAUAAAAAAAAAGAUUAAAAAGGAAUGGUUUCCAUCACACUUAUCUAUGAACAAGCUUUCAUGGUAGAGAAAAUAAGGAACAAAAUUCACACGAUUCAUUUCUAAUUUCUGAUUCCAUUAAGAGACCCUCUCUGUUUUAGACGACAUAGGUGGUUUUUUAACGAAAUCCAACCAUCUCUCUGAGGGAGUCUGGCAGGCUUUUUCAUUCCCGAGUUAAUUUUGUAAUAGAACCACGGUUAUGCUGCUGAUUCUGAUAUGUAGACUUAGUUUUCCCAUACGUGGUUUUUCAACGGAUUGUUGAAGAUGUGACUUGACAGCAAUAUGUAAAGAGUACAUGAAAACCGGCAGAUUGAGUGUUAGACACUGCAAAAUCCAUUUUUUACCUCUUUCUUACCUAUUUCAUAUUUUGCGGGAACUUCUUCGCAAAGAUAUCAGAAUGUGAAACCAACACCAGUUCAGAUGUCAAAAAAGAAUAAAAAUUCACAAAAUUCUGAUAUUACCAUAAAACGUUACUUUACAUUUAGAUAUUGCAUUUAAGAUAAAGUUGUUAUACACAAAGGAGAAAAAUAUUUACAGUUUCUCUGCAAGGUCUGUAUAUACUGUAUAUAUCUAGCAAAAUAUCUGAGUGACCAGUAGAUUUCAUAUGGCCAUUGUUACUUCCAGUCAGAAAGUGGGGAAGCCCAUUCUCCAAUACCUGUGUUUUAUGCUACACAUAACGGAGUAGUCCCUUUUUAUUAUUUAUUAUUUAGUAAUUCCUAUAUGUUCCUAUGCUUUUCUUUUUCAAGGUAAUUACUCUCUCACUUCAUGGUGUUUCUAGCAAUAUAUCUCCAUGAGAUUUGUACUUUGUUUCAUAUUGAAAAGCAUAAAAAUUAUCUUUAAAUUUCUG